AUGAAUCCGGUGGAUGGAGGAGGAGAAGCGGGCCCGGACGGCCUGGCGACGGCAGGUUCAGGUAAAGCAGAGUGUGUUCGGGCGGUCGACGUCCUGACGGUGCUCAGAGAGAAAGUGGCCUUCGUGUCAGGGGGGCGGGACAAGCGAGGCGGACCAAUCCUGACGUUCCCUGCCAGGACCAAUCAUGAUCGAAUAAAACAGGAGGACCUCAGUCGACUGGUCACCUACCUGUCUACCAUUCCCAGUGAGGACGUGCGUGCCCGCGGCUUCACCGUGGUGGUGGACAUGCGCGGCAGUAAGUGGGACAGCGUGAAGCCGGUGCUGCGGACGCUACAGGAGUCGUUCUCCUCCAACAUCCACACGGCGCUGCUCAUCAAACCGGACACCUUCUGGCAGAAACACAAGACCAACCUGGGCAGCGCCAAGCUCAGCUUCGAGACCAGCCUGGUGUCGGUGGAGGGUCUGUCCCGGCUCGUCGACCCCUCCCAGCUGACCUCUGACCUGGGGGGCUCGCUGGAGUACGACCAUGUGGAGUGGACCGAGCUGCGUCUGGGUCUGGAGGAGUUCUCGGGGGCCGCCACGCAGCUCCUUGCCCAGCUGGAGCAGCUGGAGGCUGGGCUGAACCGCAUACCAGAGCCCCAGGACGUCGAUGAGGCCCGCAAACUCCUGGAGGAACACAGUCGUCUCCGUAACACCAUCGCCACGGCGCCAGUCGACGCCCUUGACCGGGAGGGGCGGAGUUUGCUCCAGCGAAUGCGCCUGGGCCCCUCACACGGUGACGCCUCUAACGAAGGCGGCGGCGGUAGCCACGGCAGCUGGCUGUCAGGCGGGGCGGACUUCCAGAGCGUGGCACCCAAGGUCUCGUCUCUGCUGGACCGACUGCAGGCGGCUCGCAGCCACCUGCUGCAGAGCUGGAGCGACAGGAAGCUGCACCUGGACCAGGCACUGCAGCUGCACCUGUUUGAACAGGAUGCCACCAAGAUGUCGGAGUGGAUCGCCCACAGUAAAGACCUGUUCGUACAGAGUCUGGCGGAGGUCGGCCAGAACCACCAGCACGCCCUGGACCUCCAGACACAACACCAGCACUUCACCGCCAACUGCAUGAACGGCAGCGUGAACGUGGACAGCGUGGUCACGGUGGCGGCGAGGCUCGCAGAGGCCGGUCAUUACGGGGCGGAGCGGAUCGCCAUGGUGUCGUCACGGUUACAGGAAGACUGGAAGUCCCUGACGACGGCACUAGAGGAGCGUAGCAACACGCUCGCCAUGGCAACCGGCUUCCACCAGGGGGCAGAGCAGUUCCUGCUCAAGGUGGAGGGUUGGGUUCAGGCGUGCUCUGAAGGGUCGUUGCCCUCGGCAACAGCAGAGCUGGAAGCUGCAAUUAAGAAACACCAGGAGCUGAACGAGGAGAUCUCUGCUAACUACACACAGGUCAGUGAGAGUGGUAAAGCCUUAUUGGAUGUCCUCCAGCGUUGCCCAGCGACCGACUCUGACGACUCUGUGACCAAACCAGACUUUACCACCACCACACAUGGCAUCAUGGGAGUUCUGCACCAGGUCAUGCAGGGUCACCAUGAGGUGGAGGGGGCGUGGCAGCACCGUAAGCUCCGCCUCCACCAGCGUUUGCAGCUGUGUGUGUUUCAACAGGAUGUUAGACAGGUGUUGGACUGGGUGGAGCAGCAUGGUGAGGUCUUCCUGAACAAACACAGCGGCGUGGGGAAGUCUCUGCACCGAGCGCGAGCUCUGCAGAAACGCCACGACGACUUCCAGCAGGUGGCACAGAACACUUACACUAAUGCAGAGAAGCUUCUGGAAGCAGCAGAUCAGCUGGCUCAGUCCGGAGAGUGUGAGGAGGAGGAGAUCUACCAGGCAGCUAGAGACCUGGAGCUACGCAUGCAGGCGUUUAUCCAGCGGGUUGAACAGAGGAAGCUGCUGCUGGAUCUCGCUGUGUCUUUCUACACACACACCAAAGAGCUCUCAGUGUGGAUGGAGGGCCUCCAGAAGCAGCUCUCCUCAGACCUCUGUGUUUGUCCGGACACUGUGGAGGCUCUGCAGACUCUCAUCAGCCAGCAGCAGCAGCAGCAGGCCAACACACAGGAAGCUGCGAUGAGUGUCAUCCGGGAAGGAGAAGACCUCAUCCUGCAACUCAGGCCCCAGGGUAGUUCAGUGGCCCAUGUGGAGUCGGUGCUGCAGCAGCUGGAGGAGUCUCAUGUUCAGCUGGAGGAACUUUUCCACCAGAGGAAGAUUCGACUGGAUGUUUACCUGCAGCUCCGGAUACUGCAGCAGUGCACGCUGGAGGUAACCGGGGAAAUGGACGCCUGGAAGCAGGACCUCCAGAAACAGUCCCAGGACUUCUCUACUGAGAAGCUAGCAUCACCACGGCUAGCCGACGUAAACCAGGACAAGCUAGGCCAGGACAAGCUCGCUCUGGGCCAGUCACGUCUCGUGGAGGCUAGCCCCGAGGCACUAACGCUAGCACAGCAACGCAUCCACAGGCACAUGGAGCGACGGCUGGCUAUGAACAACAUGAUCUACGAGGUCAUCCAGCAAGGUCACGACCUUCAGCAGUACACCAGUGAGGUCCAAGCCUCAGGUAUCGAGCUGUCGGAGGCAGAGGGGGGUCUCUCCUCUCAGGUGGAGGAGCUGCAGCGCCUCCUGCAGGACAAACAGAAGGAGCUGCAGCAGAUCGCAGAUCACACACACACACACCUGGAGCAGAACCUGCAGCUGAGACACCUGCAGAGCCAGGUCAAGCAGGUGCUAGGCUGGAUCUCAGAGGGCGAGGUCAUGUUGUCGUCCUGUAUGUUGAACUCCAGCUGUUUAUCCGAAGCUGAGCAGCUGCAGAGGGAGCAUGAGCGCCUCCAGCAGGCCAUAGAGGCUCUCCUCCAUGCCGACUCCCUGCAGAGGACUCACCAGGUGGCUCUGGCUCUGCAGCAGAGAGCAGAGCUGCUGGUCAGGUCAGGUCACUAUGAUCCGGAUGCAGUGAGGUCUUGUGCCCAGACAGUGGCGCUGCACUGGCAGACACUGAUGCUGAGGAUCGAGGACCGACUCAAACUGGUCAACGCCUCUGCUGCCUUCUACAGGACGUCCCAGCAGGUGUGUGGGGUCCUGGAGAGUCUGGAGCAGGAGUACCGCAGGGAAGAGGACUGGUGUGGAGGAGGAGAGCGACAGCCGGAGCAGCUCCUGCCGCUCAUCAACAAACACAUGGAGCAGAAGGAGGCCUUUCUAAAGGCAUGUACUCUGGCCAGGCGAAACGCUGAAGUUUUCCUCAAGUACAUCCAUCGCAACAGCGUCACCAUGGCGAACAUCUCGGGCCACAGCGUCACCGUCUCCGGGGUGACCGAGGUCACCGGACACUCCAGGGUACCAGAGCAGCAGGUCAAAGGUAUCCUCAGUGAGUUACUGCAGAGGGAAAACAGAGUUCUUCAUUUCUGGACUUUGAAGAAACGUCGACUGGAUCAGUGCCAGCAGUACCUGAUGUUCCAGAGCCACGCCCAGCAGGCUUUGGAUUGGCUGCAGCAGUCAGGUGACCACUACCUGGCCACGCACACAUCGCCGGGGGCAAACAUGGCCGAGACUCAAGAACUGCUGAACCAGCACAGGGAGUUCUGUGUUUCUGCCAAGCACACACAGGAGAAGGUUCACCUGCUGAUCCAGCUGGCUGAGAGCAUGCUGGCUAAAGGCCACGCCCACCGCGCCGAGCUUCGUCGCUGCGUUUCCACCGUGGACAAACGCUACCGUGACUUCACCGUCAGGAUGGGACAGUAUCGCCACCUGCUGGAGACAGCGCUGGGAGGGUGCUCACAGGACAAUAAGGACUUGGAGCUGGAGCUGAUCCCCAACAGUCUGUCUGACUCCGACCCUGAGGUCAACCUGUCCGACCCCAGCCACCAAGUCAGCGACGAGAAGAGACGCUCCGCCCGCAAGAAAGAGUACAUCAUGGCCGAGCUCCUUCAGACAGAGAGAGUCUAUGUCAGAGAUCUGCAGGAGUGUAUUGAGACGUACCUGUGGGAGAUGACGAGCGGCUCAGAGGACGUCCCUCCUGGUCUCGCCAACAAAGAUGACAUCGUGUUUGGAAACAUCCAGGACAUCUAUGAGUUCCACAACAGUAUUUUCCUGAAGGAGCUGGAAAACUACGAGCAGCUUCCUGAAGACGUCGGACACUGCUUUGUCACCUGGGCUGAUAAGUUCCACAUGUACGUGACCUACUGCAGAAACAAACCGGACUCCAGUUUACUGAUCCAGCAGCACGGCGUGGGAUUCUUUGAGGAGGUCCAGAGGCGACAUGGUCUAGCUAACUCCAUCUCCUCCGCUCUCAUCAAACCAGUGCAGAGGAUCACCAAAUACCAGCUGCUCCUCAAGGAGUUGUUAGCUUGCUGCGAGGAGGGGAAAGGCGAGAUUAAAGAAGGCCUGGAUGUGAUGCUGAGCGUCCCAAAGAGAGCGAACGAUGCCAUGCAUGUUAGCAUGUUGGAAGGUCUGGAGGAGGGUCUGGAGGUUCAGGGCGAGCUCCUCCUCCAGGACUCCUUCCUGGUUUGGGAGCCAAAGUCUCUGAUCAGGAAGGGACGGGACCGACACCUGUUCCUGUUCGAGCUGUCACUCAUCUUCAGCAAGGAGAUCAAAGACUCGUCCGGGCGAACCAAAUAUCUCUACAAGAGCAGACUGAGGACCUCAGAGCUUGGUGUAACAGAGCACAUAGAGGGCGAUCCCUGUAAGUUUGCUUUGUGGGUCGGACGAACGCCGACGUCCGACAACAAGACGGUGCUGAAGGCGUCGUCGUUGGAGCUGAAGCAGGAGUGGGUGCGCAGUAUCCGACAGGUGAUCCAGGAGAGGCGGGGUCACCUGCGGGGAGCACUGAGGGAGCCCAUCCCCCUCCCCAAGACACCCAACCCCACCCUGGGGCGACAGCGCAGCAUCACCCGCAGGGAGACCAGUGAGGACGCAGACAGCCUGGGUGAUGCCAGCAGUCAGCCCGACACCGUCUCCAUCGCCUCCCGAACAUCACAAAACACCGCCGACAGCGACAAGCUGUCAGGAGGCUGUGAGUUAGUGGUGGUGUUGUUGGAUUUCUCCUCCGGGGGCCCGGGGGAGCUCAGUGUUCGCUGUGGUCAGACUGUGGAGCUGGUGGAGCGUUCGGCCGAGAGACCCGGGUGGUGUCUGGUCAGAACGACAGAUCAAACACCUCAGCAGGAGGGUUUACUGCCGAUGAGCGCCCUCUGUCUGUCACACUCCCACAGUGCAGCCGACAUGGAGGGGCUCAUCCCGGCUUCCACCACCUCCUCCAGCACCUCCUCUACCUGCACCACCACUUCUUCCUCCUGCAACUCCUCUACCACCACCACCUCCUCCAAUGCAUCCAACUCCUCCUCUGCUGUGAGCGCUGGGAAGGACUCCGGUCUCUACAGCUCUGAAGGUUCUGCACUUCACACUCAUACGACCAGUGCCACCUCCCCCACAGUAUUUGGAAUGGGUGGGGCUCCAGGUGGCGCUGUUGGCUCUCCAGGGCCCAAACGCAGCGGCUCUGGAACCGGAAACACGCUGAAGCGUUGGUUGACCAGUCCUGUUCGGAGGCUGAGUCAAGGUAAAGCUGACGGACAGAAGAAACCGCCAAUCAGAACCAGGAGGCGGGACAACAGGCCGGAGCUGACCACGCCCCUCACUGGCAACGCUCAGGCGAAAGCGAGGAAGGAGGAGGCGGGACAGAGCGGAGGGGAGGAGGAGCCAGAGGAAGAAAGCCACACCCCUCUGCCACCUCCCAUGCAGAUCAUCAAAGACCCCAACAACCCUGAGGCUCUGGAUUCAGAUCAGGGCUCCAACGAAUCAGACACCGAGCAGAGAAACAAAGCACUGAGAGGACGCAUGUUUGUGGUUAACGAGAUGGUCCAAUCAGAGAAGGACUAUGUGAAGGACCUGGGUGUGAUCGUGGAGGGCUUCAUGUCCAGGCUGGAGGUCAGAGGGAUUCCUGAGGACAUGAGAGGAAAAGACAAAAUCGUCUUUGGCAACAUCCAGCAGAUCUACGACUGGCACCGCGAUUUCUUCCUGGUGGAGUUGGAGCGCUGCGUUCAGAAUCAUGACCUGCUGGCCGACCUCUUCAUCAGACAUGAGCGUCGUCUCCACAUGUACGUGGUUUACUGUCAGAACAAGCCGAGGUCAGAGUUCAUCGUCAUCGAGUACGAGACCUUCUUCGAGGAAAUCCAGCAUGAGAUCAGCUGCAGGAUGUCGAUCAGUGAUUAUCUGAUCAAACCCAUCCAGAGAAUCACCAAAUACCAGCUGCUGCUCAAGGAUUUUCUCAAGUAUACGUCCAAAGCAGGACUGGACUGUGAGGAGAUCGAGAAAGCGGUGGAGCUGAUGUCACUGGUUCCAAAGCGCUGCAACGACAUGAUGAACCUGGGACGGCUGCAGGGAUACGAGGGGAAGCUGACGUCUCAGGGGAAGCUGCUGCAGCAGGAGACCUUCUGUGUUUGGGAGCAGGACGGAGGAGUUUUGUCUCGCAGUAAAGAGCGCAGGGUUUUCCUGUUCGAGCAGAUCAUCAUCUUCAGUGAACUGCUGCGCAAAGGCUCCAACAACCCGGGAUACCAGUUCAAGAACAGCAUCAAGGUGAGUUACCUGGCAAUGCAGGACAGCGUGGAUGGUGACCCCUGUAAGUUUGUGUUGUGGUCUCGCGGCUCGGCAGAACGCUUCACACUGCAGGCGUCCUCCACCAGCAUCAAGAUGACCUGGGUGGAGACGAUCGCUGCCCUGCUGGACGCCCAGAACAACUUCCUGUCUGCUCUCCAGUCUCCCAUUGAGUACCAGAGGAAGGAGGGCGGGAUCUCUGUGACCCGUCCACUGUCGUCAGGGCGACCGCCGUCGGCCCCGCCAACUCCCAAUGGCCACGGCCCUCAGCCCACGCCCGACAGCGAGCAGGAUGACCAGGAGCUGGUUCUGGUGCUGCAGGACUUCGUGGCGGUGCGGGAGGACGAGAUCUCCGUGUUUCGUGGGGAGAAGGUUCAGAUUCUGGCAUCCAACCAGCAGGGUCAGAGUCUGGUUUACCGGCCAGCCAACAGUGACUCGCCGGCCGCCGAGGGCUGGGUGCCACGCAGCGUGCUCAACACACACUGACACACAUACAAACGCAAACACACAAAAACACUCACACUGACAGCAGGGUCAAAGUCUGGUUUACUGUAAGUACACACACGUACACACUGACAUACACUGAAAACACUGCAAGCCAACGGGGCCGAGGGGAUGUCUGGAAAGUCGGGGCGGAGCCUGAAGGUGGCGCUGUCUGUGCAGUGAAACAGGGUCACUGCUCUGACGGUGCUACAGCAGCGGUUGACUGACAUUUUUGGCAGGUGACCCUUGAAUCAAUAUGUUUUAUAGUAUAAUACAUUAUAGUGAAACAGUUUCUUAAGCCCCAGGCUGAUGUCUUCAAAUAGAUCUAACAGAUUAAUCAACUAAUUAUUUAUCACAUCAUCAUCAGACUCUUUCAUUAGAGAUAAAAACUGUCCAGCAUUUUAUAUGAUGAAGCAACGAGCAAAAGACGUUCCACUGUCUUGUGACCCUUCAGAUUGAUCUUGCGACCCAUUUGGGGGUUCCCAACCCUUAUGUUGGAAAGCCCGACAGACAUCACCAUCCUCAGGCUCCGCUUUCAUAACUGUGACUGUGAUGGUUCAUGUUUCCUGACACGCUUUAAGGCCCUGGUUACUCGACAGUGUUAAAAGAUAAAUUAGAAAUACAUACACAUAAACACUCACACACUCCCAGCAGCAGGUACUGUUAGUCUCCUCCCUCCCUCCUGGUGCUUCAACGUUCAGCCAAAACGCUCCUCCUCCCUCCUCUGCCUUCACCUCGUCCAAUCAGAUGCCGCCGUCACGUCGGCCUCCAGUUUACUGCCCCUGGCAACCAAUCACACCCUGACGACAUCACAAACUUCCUGUGGGUCAGUGGGAGGGAGAUCACAUGAUCACAUCAUCAUCAUUAACAACAACAACAGACUAAGACUCCAGGAAGCUGCCGUUGCCUAGCAACAAGAAACAAUAAAAAAAAAAAGUCUCCUGGAACAGAAGAGGUGAAAAGACCUGUCAGCCAAUCAGAACUGAGCUCCCUCUGCGUGUCAUCCUGUGCAUAGUGUGUAUAAACAGACUAAGGACACACACACACACUCCAUACACACACCACUGCUAUGAUGAAGAUGAUGAAGAUGAAGAUUAUUAUGAUGAUUAUGAUAAUUAAGAAUAAUAGAAUCUGUUUUUCACCUCAAUAGCGGAAAAAAAUGAGAGAAACUGUUUGUCAUAUAAAUGUUUGUGUGUGUGUGUGUGUGUGUGUGUGAGAGAGAGAGAGAGCGUGUGUGUGUUAGUGACACUGUCCUGUGUGUGUGUGUGUUUUUCCACGGACAGUUAGGUGGUGUCCCGGUGUAGCGUUGCCAUGACGAAUUGUUGUGUUUGCGGUGACACCCAUUUUUUUCGUCUUUUUAGCGAACCAGAGCUGUCCCCCCUCCCCAGUCUGUCCCGUACCCUGCCUCCCCUCCAAUUAACCCCCCCGACUCUGCUGUUACCAUAGCAACCGGCAGUGGAGCCAACAUGGCGGUGCGUGCAGCUCUGGUUAGUUUGGAUAUUCUGAUUAUGCAUUUCUUGUUUCUGUAAAUAGACCAGACCUCCUGAACUGCUACUCCACUAACUCUGGACACUGCACCUGUCUGUCUCUCUGUCCACCCGCCUGUCUGUCUGUCUGACAGACAGAUAGCAGCAACUCAACCUACUGUGAGUGUCUGUUUCUACUAAAACUAAAAACUGUAACCUUCAACACGCUCUCUACCUGUCUCUCUACCUGUCUCUCUCUCUCUACCUCUCUGUCUCUCUCUCUGUUUCUCUGGUGCCAUUCUCAGACAACACCCCGGUCCUUAAAGAGCUACGCAUCCUGUCAAGUGCACUACGGGGGGGGGUGAAAGUAGUAGUAGUAGUGCACUAUGAAGGGUGUAAGGAGAGACAAAGCAAACUGUAAAGGGUUUAAGGUGGGAUGCUGCCUUCAAAUGGAGCUCGUGCGGUUGUAUUUUUAAAGGUGACAACACAAUAAGCUUGGUUUUAAAGGCAACACACACUGGUUACUGCAAGUUUCUCAUGUGCUUUCACACAAGAUCAAGUUAUUGUGUCUUAUGCUGUUUUCAUAUCAAAUCGCAAAGAAACAUAUUUACCAGUUUUCCCAUUUGUAAAGUUUACGUCAACAUCAAAGUAGUAAUUAUAGAAGAAACUAAUUACAAACAGGAGAGUGGGUUCACAUCAGCUUCUGAAUUGAAAACCUUGGAAUAAAGUGUAAACACUCCCAGGUUGGAAUAAGAGGUGCUUUUUGUUCUCCCCAUUUUGCUGACAUUGUGUGAAUGCAGUACGGCACUGCCAACAAAGUCUGCUGGUAAAAUUAAACACUUUAAUUUAAUAGAUUUAGUUCAAAUUGAACAAACACAGUAUUUUAACAUAGUUUAACUCUGCAGAAAAACAUCAUUAUCUGGAUUUAAACACAUUUGCAGUUAGCGUUAACGUAGCCAGUGUGUGUUGCACUUUAAUGUAGUUAAAUGCUGCAUUCAUGUCACGUGGGCAUUGCUGUGAUUACCCUUUCCCGACAUACGAAGAGUCGAGAACCAAGCUGUCAUUUUAAACGCUCUGAUUUAUCCAACUUGGCACUGUAUCAUAGAGAAGUGCCUGACAAAGCAAACAUGGUCUACACAAGCUCACGGUCUAAUUAUUUAAGUACAGAUUGAAUGGACAUGGUCCUGUGUUAACAACAUGCACAGUAUUUUUUAACUUUCACACAAACAACUCUGCAUCAAGUUGUUACCAUGGGAAUCUUCAGGAUCCCACAUAACGUGAACACAGCCUUAUUCAGGUGGAGAACACGAGAACUGAACGCGACCUUGUUCCCUUUUCAUGAACGGAGAAUGACUUUGUGUUUUCAAUGUGUCGGUGUCGUGACUGGGAAUGCAAAAA